AUGGGGGACUCUGAAUCAGAGUCCACCUUGCACAACAACUCGCUGUGGUGGCUGGCAUGCGGGAUGUUAGCCCUGUUGGCCAACUCUUGGAUCAUCCUCAGCAUCACGGCCAAACAACAGAAACACAAGCCCUUGGAGCUGCUGCUAUGCUUCCUCGCUGGGACCCACAUCCUUAUGGCAGCAGUACCCCUCACCACCUACGCCGUGGUGCAGCUGCGGCGUGAGUCCUCCGACUACGACUGGAACGAGAGCAUCUGCAAGGUCUUUGUCUCCACAUACUACACCCUGGCGCUGGCCACCUGCUUCACAGUGGCCUCCCUUUCCUACCACCGCAUGUGGAUGGUGAGGUGGCCAGUCAACUACCGGCUGAGCAACGCCAAGAAGCAGGCCCUGCACGCGGUCAUGGGAAUCUGGAUGGUGUCAUUCAUCCUCUCCACCCUGCCCUCCAUCGGCUGGCACAACAACGGCGAGCGCUACUCCGCCCGUGGCUGCCAGUUCAUCGUCAGCAAGAUAGGGCUGGGCUUCGGUGUCUGCUUUAGCCUCCUGCUGCUGGGAGGAAUCGUCAUGGGCUUGGUGUGCGUGGGUAUCACUUUCUACCAGACCCUGUGGGCACACAGAAGACGCCGGCGGUGCCGCCAUCAGAGGGCAGAGGAAGCGUCAUCCUGCUCUUCAUCAGCGCACACCACUUUCAACGUGCCAGCCAUUGUGGUGGAGGACGUACGAGGCAAAAGGAGGUCUUCGCUGGAUGGCUCUGAGUCAGCCAAGACCUCCUUGCAGAUGACCAACCUCAUCAGCGCGAUUGUCUUCCUGUACGACACGCUCACCGGGGUGCCCAUCUUGGUCGUGAGCUUUUUCAGCCUGCGCUACGAUACGGCCCCCACCUGGAUGGUCCUGGCUGUGCUCUGGUGCUCCAUGGUGCAGACCCUGCUGCUCCCCUCCUUCAUCUGGUCCUGCGAGCGCUACCGAGCAGAUCUCCGCACCGUGUGGGAGCAGUGUGUGGCUAUCAUGUCUGAGGAAGACGGAGAUGAUGAUGGUGUGUGUGAUGAUUAUGGCGAUGGCAGGAUCUGCAAAGUGAGAUUUGAUGCGAACGGCGCUGCAGCUGUGAAGCGGGACUCCCGGGACAUCAAGCUGCUCCCCAUGCACCACAUGUUGUUGCCCCAGGACAAGGUGCACUACCUGCAGGUCCCUAUCUCCCGGAGGAUGUCACAUGAUGAGACUAACAUCUUCUCCGCCCACCGCUCUGCUCCAUCCUUCCUACACAAGUGGUCUUCAUCCGACGAUAUCCGCAUUUCCACCCCCCGCAAGCCUGGCGGCCCCGGCUUCUUGCCUCCCCAGCUGCACGACUACCAUCACCGCCGGCGGCCCCCAGAAGACGAGCUGACGACCCUACGUCAGUUUUUGGAGGGGGGGCUGAUGCCUCGGGGCUCCAGCUCCAGCGCCUGCUUCUUCCGAGACGAGAUCACCACGUUCAUCGACGAGACGCCACAACCCACCCCAGCCUGCAGCCCACGGCAUUCCCGUCUCCUGCUCGCAUCGCGCCGCGACCGCCGCCUCUCCCUUGGCAGCAGAGAGGCCCGGCCGCGGCGCUGCUCCUUGGCUGGCAACGAAGCCUGGCAUCUGCAGGACGGAGAGCAGGCGCCGCAUGAAAGGACCCUUGAGGCCUGUGAGGCACAGACCUUCCAGGAUCCCAAACUAUGAGAGACAGCAUCAAAAACAUUCAGUGCCAUCACGAUUUUUAAAUAAUACUUCGAGUGUUCCCUUUGUCCCGGGACCCGAUCACUAACUUGCAUUCUCAUCUUUCUCGCCAGCAGGCAGGAAACACGGCACCCCACGCUGGUGGGGGAUAAAGAAGUGGGACGGACCCGCAGAAGGGGGCACGGACAGACGGACGGACGGCCUGUGCCUGCUCUC